AUGUCUCAUCUUGUUCCGGUCAACCCUCAAUCGACUAGCUCAACGGCAGAAUGCAAAUUUCAAGCUACCCGAUUUGAGAAGCCGGCGCAAGUGCCACAUACUGGAGAGGACUCGUUCUCAUCCAAGCAAGAGACAUUUUGCGACAAGCGCUGCAACGAUCUGUUUCAAACGGCUUCUGGCAGCAGUCGAGGCGCUGCCACCAGCGAUGAUGCUCUAUCUCUAGUCUCGAGGCUGGCCACAGUAUGUAUUUGCACAAAACCAUUGUGCUUCGGUAGGCUCACUUGA